GCGCAAUAAUUCCCGGGCGUAUCGCUGUCAUCCAUCCAUCAUCCACGGCGCGGCGCCUCGCUCGCUCCCACCACACUCCCCCGCGCACUGACACCGGCUCUGCGCUCUAUUUAAGCCGCCACCGGCGCGCCGUACGCACAUCGUCACUCGACUCCAGCCAGCCAUGGCCGCCGCCGCCGGUCCUCGGCUGCUCCCCUUGCUCCUGCUGCUGCUGCUUCAGUUGCUCGCCGUCCACGCUGCGGCCGCCGCCUCCGGUGUGACGUACGACCACCGCUCCCUCGUCAUCUCCGGCCGCCGCCGCCUGCUCAUCUCCGCCUCCAUCCACUACCCCCGCAGCGUCCCCGCGAUGUGGCCCAGGCUGGUGGCGGAGGCCAAGGAGGGCGGCGCCGACUGCAUCGAGACCUACGUCUUCUGGAACGGCCACGAGACCGCCCCCGGCAAGUACUACUUCGAGGAGCGGUUCGACCUGGUGCAGUUCGCGAGGGUCGUCAAGGACGCCGGGCUCUACCUCAUGCUGCGCAUCGGCCCCUUCGUCGCCGCCGAGUGGAACUUCGGGGGCGUGCCUGCGUGGCUGCAUUACAUACCUGGAACGGUGUUCCGGACGAACAACGAGCCAUUCAAGGUGAGGCUGGCUUGUGAAUUCUGGAGUAUUUGGUGGUACAUUUGCCCGGUUCGGGUGAUAACCCAAGCGGCACUCGUUAUUAUGCAGUCUCACAUGAAGAGCUUCACGACGAAAAUCGUGGACAUGAUGAAGGAAGAACGGUUCUUCGCUUCGCAGGGAGGGCACAUCAUCCUAGCUCAGAUUGAAAAUGAGUAUGGGUAUUAUCAACAAGCGUAUGGAGCUGGUGGCAAGGCAUAUGCAAUGUGGGCAGGUAGUAUGGCUCUGGCGCAGAACACUGGCGUCCCUUGGAUCAUGUGUCAGCAGUACGAUGUUCCUGAUCAUGUGAUAAACACCUGUAAUUCGUUCUACUGCGAUCAAUUCAAGCCAAAUUUGCCAACCCAGCCAAAAAUUUGGACAGAGAAUUGGCCAGGAUGGUUCCAGACUUUUGGUGAAAGUAACCCCCACAGACCCCCUGAGGAUGUUGCGUUUUCUGUUGCACGUUUUUUUGGGAAAGGUGGCAGCGUUCAGAAUUACUAUGUGUACCAUGGUGGAACGAACUUUGAUCGUACUGCUGGAGGGCCGUUCAUUACAACUAGCUAUGACUAUGAUGCACCAAUUGAUGAAUAUGGCCUUAAGCGACUUCCAAAAUGGGCACAUCUGAAGGAGCUUCACAAAUCUAUAAAAUUGUGUGAACAUAGUCUGCUUUCUGGAAACUCAACGUUACUCUCUCUUGGACCUCAACAAGAGGCUGAUGUUUACACUGAUCACUCAGGAGGAUGUGUUGCAUUCCUGGCUAACAUUGAUUCAGAAAAGGACAAAGUUGUCACUUUCAGGAACAGACAAUAUGAUCUUCCUGCUUGGUCAGUUAGCAUCCUACCUGACUGCAAGAAUGUGGUUUUCAACACUGCGAAGGUUCGAUCUCAAACUUUGAUGGUGGACAUGGUUCCAGAAACUUUGCAAGCAUCAAUACCUCAUCAGUGGAGCAUUUUCACAGAGAGAAUCGGCAUUUGGGAUAAAAAUGACUUUGUACGAAAUGAAUUUGUGGACCAUAUUAAUACAACAAAAGACUCUACUGAUUAUCUGUGGCACACUACAAGUUUUGAUGUGGACAAAAGUUAUCCUGCAAGUGGGAACCAUCCCAUUCUUAAUAUCGGCUCCAAAGGCCAUGCUGUUCACGCUUUCCUGAAUAAUAUGCUCAUAGGUAGUGCAUAUGGUAAUGGCUCAGAAUCAAGUUUCAGUGUGCAUAUGCCCAUCAACUUGAAGGCUGGGAAGAAUGAAAUUGCACUACUGAGCAUGACUGUUGGAUUGAAAAGUGCAGGACCCUAUUAUGAAUGGGUGGGAGCUGGCCUUACAAGUGUGAACAUCUCUGGAAUGAAAAAUGGAACCAUAGACUUGUCUUCAAAUAAUUGGGCAUACAAGAUUGGGUUGGAAGGUGAACACUACGGUUUAUUUAAGCCCGACCAAGGGAAUAACCAAAGGUGGAGGCCACAAUCUGAGCCACCAAAACAUCAGCCUUUGACAUGGUACAAGGUGAAUGUUGAUGUCCCACAAGGAGAUGACCCAGUUGGGCUAAACAUGCAGUCCAUGGGGAAAGGCCUGGUUUGGUUGAAUGGAAAUGCCAUAGGGAGGUAUUGGCCCAGGACAAGUCCUACUGAUGACAGGUGCACUCCGAGCUGUGACUACAGAGGAAAAUUUUCUCCAGACAAGUGCAGGGCUGGAUGUGGAAAGCCAACUCAAAGAUGGUACCACGUCCCAAGGUCAUGGUUUCACCCAUCAGGGAACACCCUUGUGGUCUUUGAGGAGCAGGGUGGAGAUCCCACGAAGAUUACAUUCUCGAGGAGAGUCGCGACAAGUGUUUGCUCCUUUGUCUCGGAGAACUAUCCUUCCAUAGACUUGGAGUCCUGGGAUAAAAGCAUCUCAGAUGGUAACCCAGUAGCAGCAAAAGUAGAGCUGUCUUGCCCCAAGGGCAAAAACAUCUCUUCAGUCAAGUUUGCGAGCUUCGGAGACCCCAGUGGAACCUGCAGAUCCUACCAACAGGGAAGCUGCCACCAUCCAGACUCUCUAUCUGUUGUUGAGAAGGCCUGUCUGAACAUCAACAGCUGUACAGUUUCGCUGUCAGACGAGGGAUUCGGAGAAGAUCCAUGCCCCGGCGUCACCAAAACACUUGCCAUUGAAGCAGACUGUUCUUAAUCUGUGAGUUGUACUCAGCUGAGGGUUCCACCACUACAAAUCUACUCGUCGAAAAUCAAAUUCGGAAGCUGCAGUGCUGGUUGCUUUUACGCAAUAUGACAAUCCUGGAAGUGGAAGUCUACCUAGAUUUAGGUUCAGAUUUCUUUUUAGCAUCUUGAUGUUAGCUUUUGUUUUCGUCGAUUUCUCACGAUGGAUGAUGCCCGUCCUGGUGCUAUUUUUGAUACUGACCAUAUGAGCAAAUGCGUUGCGUCUCGGGCUCAUUAUACCUAAUGUGGCCACGAGUUCAAACCACGAGCAAGCAUACUACUACCACGAAGCAUAUUGUACGAUGGAUCAUGAACGUCCUAUAUCAAAGCUGAUGUAGUGUGAGGAAUCUCUUGCUUAAUUAAGGCCAGUUCUGUCAGGUUCA